CUUUAGGCUACGAAUUUGUUUGCCCUAAAACAUGGAGUUAUUGACGGGACGCCCAUUCUUCAGUAUUUUUCAUUCAAUCAAACAGCGCCGCACGGACAGGAUCAAGACCUCUGGCUUUAUUAUUCACGGGAUUCUUCCCAUGACAAGACGCAAAAGUGUACCAGAGGAACCUACUGAAUUUCUGUGCACAACAUCAUACCCACAGUGCAAUAACAGAUCAAGGACGCAAAAUGCGCUUUUUUGGUCCAAAACUGGUCAGCGUGAUCAUUCUCAUGAGCACUGUCAUCUUCACUCUCACCAUAUACAACGAGCCUUACGAUCAUUUAAAGCAGUUUGUCAACAAUAAAGUAUCAGAGCGUUUCUUUGAAAAUCAACUAUGUGCGUGUCCGGACCGCUGUUUGGCUGCAAUGAACCAUGACUUUAAAGAACGCUUCAGAAAAGAUAUUUCACCUGUGCUGUCUCUCAAUAACAGCGAGCUCUCUCAAGAAAUCAAUACCUGGUGGCAGCAUCUACAGUCCAGCAGGUCCAAGGCUAAAUACCAGCAAGUGAUUAAGGAGCUGUUUGCGGUCAUUCCCGGAGAGGGACACUAUAAAGACGCUGGUCCACAUCGCUGCCGAACCUGUGCUGUGGUGGGAAACUCUGGCAACCUUUUAGAUUCCCACUAUGGCCCUCUAAUAGACUUCAAUGAUUUUGUCAUAAGGAUGAAUAAAGCACCAGUUGAAGGCUUUGAAGAUGAUGUGGGAUGGAAGACCACACACAGAGUUAUGUACCCGGAAAGUGCCGUCCAUCUGGACAACUCCACCCAUCUUGUGCUGUUACCAUUCAAAAUGCUGGAUAUCCAGUGGGUUACCAGUGCUCUAACCAACGGAACAAUUAAGAGAACACGGUUUAAAGUUAUAGACAAACUACAAGCCAAUAAGGACAAGACGAUGGUUAUGCAUCCGGCUUUUUUGUACUAUGUGCACACCACAUGGCUGCAUAUUAAGGCUCGAAGUUCAUAUCCAUCCACGGGGUUCCUGGCUCUUAUGUUUGCCCUACACAUCUGUGACGAGGUCAAUGUCUUUGGAUUUGGUUCAAACAAUAAAGGGACCUGGCACCAUUAUUUUGAAGAAUCGCCGAAACGUUUCAAGGGCACCGGUCACCACAGUGGAGGGAUUGAGACCACAAUGAUUAAAGAGAUGAGAAAAAGGAAAAUAAUCACGCAGUACACAGGGUGGUGAGAGACUGAGACUUUCAAUCCAUGUACUGAAUUUUUACGUCUA